CGCUGCAGGAACGUCCGGGCAGGAGGGGCCUGAGUUUCUAGGAUCCCUGCGCCCCGGAACCCUGGCUCGACCCAGGACUCACCCCCAACCCCGGCCAAAGUCUCUGCCCCUCCCCCACCCAGGGACUCCGGUUUCAGACCCUGUGACCGGGACAGAAGCUGCCCAGGACAGAGUGGGGGGGCAUUCCCCCCUCUGACCACGGAGGCUACCGAGUCUAGGCCUCCCUUCCCUUAGUUUGCCUCCCCCCCUCCCCCAGGUCUCUCGUGGACCUGGAUCCCGCCCAGCCCCAUGGUACUGGGAUUGAGUGGUGAUGGGUGGGCACCAUGGUAGACCUGUUGAGCCACAUCUUGUCUUUUUAACUAGGCUGGAGGCUCCCUGGGGAUUUGAACUUUGACUCCAAGGUGUGCCUCUGCCCUACAGUGGAAGCUGAGGGGUCUCUUUGUGGGUCCAGUGGGGGACCGGUCUCCCAGUAGGCACCUGUCAAUGCCCCACUUAUCGAUGGAGGCCCUGCUUUGAGGAGUGAUGGACGAAAGUGUCAGGAAGUAUUGAACAGGAGUUGGCCACCUUGGCCUCCUCCACCCAGCCCAGAGAUUGAGAAGACUUCACUGGGGGUCCAGUAACCAGGAAGAUGUGAGAGGCCAAGCCAGCUGUUCCUACCAUCCCCCUGGCUGUCCCUUGGAGCCCACCCAGACAAGCCUGACCAAUGUCCACAGCCAGGGAGCAGCCCAUCUUCAGCACACGGGCGCACGUGUUCCAGAUCGACCCGGCCACCAAGCGGAACUGGAUCCCCGCGGGCAAACACGCACUCACUGUCUCCUACUUUUACGAUGCCACCCGCAACGUCUACCGAAUCAUCAGCCUUGGGGGUGCCAAGGCCAUCAUCAACAGCACUGUCACCCCCAACAUGACAUUUACCAAAACGUCCCAGAAGUUCGGGCAGUGGGCAGACAGUCGCGCCAACACCGUCUAUGGCCUUGGCUUUGCCUCUGAGCAGCAUCUGACUCAGUUUGCCGAGAAGUUCCAGGAAGUGAAGGAAGCAGCGAGGCUGGCACGGGAGAAAUCUCAGGAUGGGGGAGAGCUCACCAGUCCAGCCCUGGGGCUCACUGCCCACCAGGUGCCCCCGAGCCCCCUCGUCAGCUCCAACGGCCCCGGCGACGAGAAGCUAUUCCGCAGCCAGAGCGCGGACGCUCCCGGCCCCGCUGAGCGCGAGCGGCUCAGAAAGAUGCUGUCCGAGGGCUCGGUGGGCGAGGUGCAGUGGGAGGCCGAGUUCUUCGCGCUUCAGGACAGUAACAACAAGUUGGCGGGCGCCCUGCGAGAGGCCAACGCCGCCGCCGCCCAGUGGAGGCAGCAGCUGGAGGCCCAGCGCGCAGAGGCCGAGAGGCUGCGACAGCGGGUGGCUGAGCUGGAGGCCCAGGCUGCCACCGCCGAGUCACCCGCGGUCAGUGAGAAGGAGGGACCGGGCCAGUCGCUGGAGCAGCUGGAGGCACUAGUGCAAACUAAGGACCAGGAGAUCCAGACGCUGAAGAGCCAGACCGGUGGUCCCCGUGAGGCCCCAGACAGCGCCGAGCGUGAGGAGACACAGCAGAAGGUGCAGGAACUGGAGACCCGAAACGCGGAGCUGGAGCACCAGCUGCGGGCAACGGAGCGCAGCCUGGAGGAGGCACGGGUAGAGCGGGAGCGGGCACGGGCCGAGGUGGGCCGGGCCGCGCAGCUGCUGGACGUCAGGCUGUUUGAGCUGAGCGAGCUGCGGGAGGGCCUGGCCCGCCUGGCCGAGGGCACGCCCUGAGUCCGGCCUCUGGGUCUACGUGGGAGCAAGGGGCCUGCGGGAGCUAGUUUUACAUGAACGAUUCCCGCCUGGGGCACGGGCCAGGCCGCAGGCGGCACAGUGGGCCAUUCCCCCGGCAGGGACUGGGGCCCGACUCAGCCUGGGGAGGGCCUGUCCACAGUACUCCAGCCGGCCCUGGCUGUUCACAGCUCACGGGCUGUUUUUGAGCUCUUCAUCGUGUAGAAUUUCUAGACUCCCCAGGGCAUGUGCUGGUGCCCAAAUUACAUUUCUAAGCGUG